GCGCCGGCGCGGGCCGGGCCCUCUCGCAGUGUCAACACGCGGGGCACGGGGCGCCUGCGCCGGGCCGGGCGCGUCUUUUCCUCUCAUGCGCGGUAUUUGCUUCCCCAGCGCGGCUCGGGGCCCGUCCUAGCGGCGGCGGCGCCCGCAGGCCGGGGCGGGGGAAGGGGCUCCGCGCCCGCCCUCCCUCCGGCGCCGGGCGGGGGCUGCCCCGGCCCGCCGCGGCAGAGCAGCAGGAGGAGGAGGAGGAGGAGGAUGGCCGAGGACUCGCCCAAGCGGCGCAAAGCCAAUUUCAACGAGGCGGAGACGGAGGUGCUGAUCGAGCAGGUGCUGAAGCACGAACAGCUGCUGUUCGCCGCGGGCCCGGGCCGCGCCUCCCCGGGCCAGAAGAGGAAGGUGUGGGAGCUGAUCCGGCACAAGGUGAACCCGGUGGCCGCCUGUCCCCGCGACGUGGAGGACCUGAAGAAGCGCUGGCGGGACCUGAAGCGCCGUGACCGCAGCAAGCUGUGCCGCCUGUCGCAGGGCUGCGGGCCGCCGGGCCCCGCCGCCGCCCUCGGCCUCCUCCUGGACCCCGAGGAGAUGCCGCCCGCCCGCCGCCCGCACCACCACCGUGCCUACGGCUCCGUGCUGCCCGCCGAGGCCGUGCCCAUCGUGGGGGGCAUCGACACGCUGGAGCUGCCCGGCGCCGUCGUGGGGGAGAUGGGGUUUAACGAUGAUCCUGGCCCUUCUCAUCCAUCCAGUCUUGAGAAUGUGAACCUCAAAGAGGAAAUAGUGGUGAAAGUGAUAGAGCCCGAAGAAAGCUCUGAGGACACAGCGGUGGUUCCACCUAGCCAAGAACAACCACCGUGUCAGGGGACACCCAGUGGCGCUUCCUCUGGCAAAGUAAAAGCCAAAACAAAAGGCAGGUCCCAGGCAGAGCAAAACGAAGUCACAGAAGAGGACCUAGCGCAGAUUCAGCAGACUCAGAUGCAGGUGAUCCAGUCUGGCUUUGACAGUGUCAACCACAACCUUCAGCUGCUGCAGCAAGGCAUGCAAGAGCUGAGCAACAGCCUCAGCAUCAUGGCACACACGCUCGCUGCUAUCAAAGACAUCUAUGUGAAAAACAACAGCGGCCCGACCACGUACGCCACCGCCUCGACGCAGACCCCAGCGGGGUACCUGAGCCCGGGUUCCCCACAGGUGUCCCCUGCUGAGGACGGAGGCAGAGCUCAGGUGGCUGGAAGCAGAAGCAGCAGCUGUAGCUCCAGCUCUGUGUCACAGGAAGCAGGUCCUUCUGACUUUCCUAGGCCCCCACUGAGAACCAUAAAGAAAGAGCAGCCAAACGGCUGCUACUACUUCUGCUUUGCAGAUGUGUAGAAACUGGAAUAAAUGUCAAGUGACUGUGGUGUUACGUAGUGGAUGUUCUGCCCCAGCCUGUGACUCGGAAGGAACCAAGUGGACUCACCUCCCAGGCUUUUGCCAGUGGGAAACAUUUCACUGCAGGUGGCAUUAAACACUAAUUACCACUUUCCUGUUUGUUCA